UUUUCUAUUAUUAUUAUUUUUGAAAUGGCAAGUUGGUUAGAUAAAAGCAUAGAUGAUCUCGAAUUGAGGCAAUCCAUUAAGGAUCUGUUAACAGAGCACCCAAGCAGCACCAAUGUCAUUCAGCGUCUAAUAGAAUACUACGAAAACAAGGAUGACAGAAUGGCAAAGCGACGUAAACUUGAUCAGAAUGAUCUAAUCAAAGAUCAACUCGUUCGUCUGAUCGAUAUCUCUUUUCAAUCUCCAGCAAGAAAAAAGUACGAUAUCAUCAUCACUCCUACGCAUCUCAUUCUUUGCAACUCAAAGACGGAGACUAUCGAGUUCAACUAUAGACUGGACGACUUUGCCUUGGGUACAUGUGUGCCUACUCCCGAAAAGACAAACAAGGCAUUCACAUACGCGUUAUUUCUCAAGAGUGAAGAUGCUGUCGUCUUUAACACGCAAGAUAAAGUUGCCAUCAAGAUAGAAGUGGUCAAUAAGGAGGCAUCCGUGUUGGAGUCAGAUAAACAUGAGACCAUUGCCCAGCUACUAACAGAACAUGCUCGUAUUGCUAUAUCACAGCCAUCAAAGCAAGCCUUUGUCUGUUCAGGUAGUAAUAAGGCCGCAGAAGACAAAUAUUAUGUUACUGCCUAUCUCAAGGCAAAGGAUGGGUUCUUAUUUUUCUUACCCACGGGUAUACUUUAUGGGUUCAAAAAGCCAACCUUGUUCAUUCCACUCUCGAGCAUAUCCGAAAACGCAGUGACAAGCAUCACUCAGCGAACAUUUGAUCUUGUGCUCACAUUGAAGAAGGAAAGUCAAGUGUAUGGAAGCCUCGGGUUUAGAGCGACAAAAGAAGGAGAGGAUGAGUCAAUUCAGUUUUCAAUGAUUUCUCAAGAGGAAUAUGGACCCAUAGAUGCUUACAUCAAAAAGGCAGGUAUUGAUGAUCAAAGCAUGUCAGAGGAGAGAAAGGCUGUCAGUAAAAAGGAAAGUGAUUCUUCUGAAGUUAAAGAAGAGGGAAUCGAAGGAAAUCAGCAUGAUAGUGAGGAUUCAGAAAAUGAUGAGAACUUUAAUCCAAGUGAUAGUGAUGAAGAAGAUCCUUUAGAAUAUGAUACUGAUGCAGAAGAAGAAGAAGAAGAGAAGCCGUCAUUAAAUGAACCAAGAGAUGAAAUAGAUGAAGAACAAGAUAUGUUGGAUGAAAGCGAUUAAAUAAAGCUCAUAUCUUUUUUUGUAUAUAAACAUACGUUUAAACAUAUUUUUAUUUAUAAAUGAUUAAAGCCUCUAUUGGGC